AUGCCGAAGAAAAUGAGGGACCUCGCCGACAUGAACAAGGACGGGAAGAUGGACUGGCGCGAGUUCUCGAUCGCGAUGCACCUCAUAAAGAGGAAGCUGCAGGGCUACGACAUUCCCUCCUCGCUGCCCGCGUCCCUGAAGCAAGACCCUGCCGUGGCCGUCGCCGCACCGCCGAUGUCAGGCUACGCCACCCUCCCCGCCGCCGGUGGCAUCGGUGGAAUGGCGGCAAUGUCUUCGAUGACGAUGCCUGGCCACAUGGGGGCGCCAGCAUCCGCCGCGUCCAUGACGAUGCCCGGCCACAUGGGGGCGCCAGCGUCAGCGUUCCCGGCGCACGGUUUCGGGGGAGGUUUUGGCGGCGGCGCGGCGUUUUCCGCUCCCGCUUCCGGAAUGGUCCCCCAGAUGGGGCUGCUGGCCGGGCCGGCGGCGUCCGGCUCGCCGUCGCGUUCUCGUUCGGCGUCGGGAGCCGAUUGGUCGAUCCCGCACGCGGCGAGGCUUCACUACAGCCAGCUGUUCGCCAAUCAGGACAAGCAGCGAUCGGGGUUCGUGCCGGGGGUGCAGGCGCGCGGGGUGCUCAUGCAGAGUGGACUCUCUCAACAGUUCCUCGCUCAGAUAUGCCACAUGCUAACCGGAAGCUUCUCUACUUGCGGCGGCUGCCCGAAGGUGGCGGCCAAACCCGAAACCCAGGCGCAGAUGAAAGGUCGCGAAAACGACCGCGGCGGCUCGGCGGCGGCGUGA